UCGUCUUCUACCUUAAGGACUGAAGGAGAAAGCGAUUACGGCGAUUACGGCGGAGAGGGAGAUUCGAAGUUCAUCUUUCUCGUUUGCUGUGGCGACUCGACACUGUUAGAUAAAUGGAAACGGUAGAAAAACCAGAAGAAACCAUCCCAGGCAAUUCUUCAAGAUUAGCUGGGAAUCCAAACUGGGGAACAGCAACUGUUGUUGGAGUCUUUGCAGGAUUGCUAUAUGGAGGCAGCAAGGAAGCUUCUGCUUCUGUGAGCAAGGAUGCAGAAGUGAUGCUGAAGAUGGGUAGUACACAGGAUAAGCGUGAACAACAUAGGUUGAUGCGAGAUGCAAUGGAGAAAAGAUUCAUCCGAGUAACUCGUGGUUCUCUCAUUGGAGGGAUGCGUCUUGGGAUGUUCACUGCCUCGUUCUUCAGUCUUCAAAACUUUUUAGCUGAGACGCGAGGAGUCCAUGAUGUUUUCAAUGUUGUAGGAGCUGGUUCUGCAACUGCUGCAGUAUUUGGCCUAAUCUUGCCGGGGUCACUUGCUUGGCGUGCGCGGAAUGUGUUGCUUGGUUCAGUUCUUGGAGCAACAGUCUGCUUCCCUCUUGGUUGGUUACAAGUGAAGCUCAUGAAGAAAGCAAACGAAGGCAAUAGUGAAACAAGCCACCACGGUGAGGUAACGAGUGGUGUUGGCGCAGCCAUUGAGAGACUCGAACAACAGUUGAGAAAAUAAGAAAUGGAACGCUCACAGUUUUGUAUGCUAAAUUUGCUUAUCUGAAGCCAACGAGAAUAAGAUACCGAACAGAAAGACUGUGUUCUUCGUGUAAUUGCAACAAUUUUAGAGUAUACGAAAUAUCAAAACGCUGAUGGUUCAUGAUUA